UAAAUGUCAAAGUAUUAAGAUCAAAUAUGAGGAUAAAUAACAUAAUAAACUGAUUCAUUGAAAAUAUCUCAAUUUUUUUAAAUUUUAAACUUAGUAUAAUUUCGACUUUGACAUUCAAUAUUAAUCUCAAUACAUAAAUUACAGUGUGCAUCUUUAUAGAUAAGUGAAAAUGUCGGUAAAUAUACCAGAAUGCCCACCUAGUCUGAAGUCGAUUCAACAUUACUUAAAAACUGCUGCAGAACAUGACUCCAGAGACCCUGUUGUGGCUUACUGGUGCAGAUUACAUGCCUUACAAGUUGGGCUUAAAGUAACUGAUAAAAAGACAUCUGAAGAAACAAAAGUUUUAAUGGCAAUAAUGGACUGGUUAGAAGAAGCCAAAAAGAUUUACAAGGAUAAUGAAGCUAUUUCCAGUGAAGUUGUAGCUCAAGCACAUUUGGAAAACUAUGCCCUCAAAUUAUUCUUAUUUGCUGAUAAACAAGAUCAGGAACAAAACUACGGAAAGAAUAUUGUUAAGGCAUUUUAUACAGCUGGAGUAAUCUAUGAUGUUCUUACAACAUUCGGUGACUUGACAGAUGAAGCGACCCAAAAUCGCAAGUAUGCUCGAUGGAAGGCCGCUUAUAUUCACAACUGUCUCAAAAAUGGAGAGACUCCAGUCCCAGGUCCAAUGCAGUCGGAAAAUUCAAGCCAGGACGACGAGCAAUCUAGUAAUAACGGCAGCCAGCCUGGAACCGCUAACUCGCAGUCAUUCGGUUUCGCCAAUAUAACACCAGCCACUCCGUCGUUUCCAACUAUUCCAACGGUCCCCACGAGCUUCAACAACAGCCUGCCUGACCCCAACGCGGCGAUGCAGGCUGCUUCGCAGUUGCCCCCGGUCCCGUACACCCCUGACCCCAACCCCGGAGGUUUUGUCCCGUACGAUCCCUCGCAACAGCCACAGCCCACACCAUCGAAUACAUUUUACGGUGAUAACUCCACGAGCGUGGCGCAACUUAGUCCCGAUCAAAUAGCCAAAGCUCAGAAGUAUUGCAAGUGGGCCAGCAGUGCUCUCAACUACGAUGAUAUUAAAACGGCCAUUAUGAAUUUAAGAAAUGCGCUCGAGUUGCUGCAGACAGGUCGAGAUCCAGCUUAAAAUACAGCAUUUGGUUAUUGUAUAAUAUCCAUGUUAUACUGAUUAUUGUUACAAAAUUUAUUUAAUCUACUAUGAAGCGAUCAACUUUGCUUAAAUUAUAACGGCACAUGUAUAAGUAAACUUUUAAUAAAAAAAUAACACCAUACUAGAUAUAUAUAAAUAUUAAUGUCGCAUCAAAGCUAUCAGACGUUUUUUAACAAAAACACAACGAACGUUAAUGUCAUUUAGUACAAUUUAUAUGUAUGUCGAUGGCUUUUAAGAUUCCAUUUUGCUUUUGGUGUUUAUUUUUUGAAUAAAUAAUCGCAAGUUAAAUAUGUGCUGCUCGAAAUUCUUGAUUCAUAUCCACUUUUCAAACGUUUUUUUAAUUUUUGAAUAGAGGAUAUCCCUGAACUAUUUCUAUUGAUCACGAUAACUGGAUAUAUUUUUUGUCACCACCACGAGUAGAUAGCGUUCAUCAUAAUUAUAAUACAAUAUUGUGUCUUAUGAAUGUGUUUUAAACUUAUAUUGUGAUGAUGCAACAAGGGUAGGAUGCUCUUAACAUACUUCAUUGUAUUUAUCAAUUCUUGCAACUGAAUUGAUUCACUCAUUCCACCCAAAUAGUUUUGUAAUAUUGCACACAAUGUAUGCUGGUGACCAUAAACUUGUAUACUGAAUUUUAUUGUGUUUAAUAUAUUGAAGUAUUUUUGUAAUGUAAAAGCUUCGCUUCUCAUUGAUGCUAAACACCAUAGUCACUUUUAUUAUUAAUGUAAUAAUUUGGUAUUAAAGUUAAUUUGACUCUUAUAAUAUUACUUAUUUAUUUAUUUACUUAAAUUAAUUGUUGUAAUUAAAUUUAUAAUAAUGUAUUAUAUUAAAAGUGUUGCUAUCUACAAGCAAUUAAAUCAAGUCAACCAUAUACUACGUUUUGUAUAAUUAUUUUAUGUAAUUUUAUAGUUAUUAUUUUAAAUAUAUAUUAUAAUCAUUGCUCAGUUU